AUGGAGUUAGUGGAUCUCCCUACAAUAGGUGGAAAGUUUACUUGGUUCAAAAGCAACGGGAAGGCUAUGAGUAGGCUUGAUAGAUUCUUAUUAUCGGAGAGUCUUGUAGAUGAUUGGAAGGUGGAUGGUCAAUUUAUAGGAGAGAGGGAUGUGUCGGAUCAUGCUCCCAUUUGGUUGAAAAAUAAUAGAAAGGAUUGGGGUCCUAAGCCGUUUAAGUUCAACAAUUUAUGGUUUAAGCAUGAAGAGUUUUAUAAUUUCGUGGAAGACGAGUGGAACAAAAUAGUGGUUAAAGGGAGAGGAGAUUAUUGCUUGGUUGAAAAGUUGAAAACUCUUAGAAGCCGGAUCUCUUGGUGGAACAAAACGGUUUAUGGGUGGAUUGAUCUCAAGAUUGACAAAGACGUGAAAGAGAUGCAUUCUUUAGAUAACUUGUUUGUUCAUUUUGCAGGUAAUGUUCCGGAAGAGGUGGUUGAGAAAAGGUUGAAAGUGAUAGAAGAAGAAGGAACACCUUAUGCACCAUGGAGUCUAGGGGGAAGAUUAGAGGAGGUCAAGGAGAUUAAAGACUUCAUUUUUAAGCACUUUGAUGGAUUCUUUAAAGAAGAGGUUAGUACUAGACCGGAACCGCAUGGGAUUAACUUGAAAGUGCUUUCUUUAGGGGAUUCUUUGGAUCUUGAAAAACCUUUUUCCGAAGAAGAGAUCAAGGAUGCUAUUUGGUCGUGCGAUGGGAAAAAAAGCCCGGGCCCGGAUGGCUUCUCUUUGGAGUUCUUCAAAAGAUUUUGGCUUAUUCUUAAAGAUGAUUUGAUGAAGUUAUGCAAUGAUUUCUACUUAAAAGGUACGCUUGUCAAAGCCAUCACCUCUUCUUUUCUUGCGCUUAUUCCAAAAAAGAAUAAUCCUCAAGACUUGUCCGAGUAUCGCCCUAUUUGCCUAGUGGGGAGUAUUUAUAAGAUUCUUGCGAAGAUUUUGGCAGCUAGAAUGAGAGGUGUUUUGGAUAAAUUGAUUUCUAUCAAUCAAACCGCCUUUGUUCCGGGUAGGAGUAUGAUGGACGGGGUUCUAAUGGUUAAUGAGAUGCUAGAUUGGGCAAAAAGAAAAAAGAGGGGGUGUCUUUUACUUAAAGUGGAUUUUGAAAAAGCUUACAAUUCUAUUUCUUGGAAUUACCUUAGAUGGAUCAUGGGAAAAAUGAGGUUUGGGAAGAGAUGGAUGAAAUGGAUGGAAUCUUGUAUCUUCUCUAGUCACGUGUCUGUUUUGGUGAAUGGUAGUGCUACUAAAGAAUUUAAAGUUCAAAGAGGUCUUCGUCAAGGUGACCCGAUUUCUCCUUUCCUAUUUGUUAUAACUAUGGAAGGUCUUAGUGCUCUCAUGAAGAAAUCGGUGGAGGUGGGGGAUUUUCAACCUUUCAAAUACGGUGAAGAAGAUUAUGUGGAUAUUCUCCAAUUUGCGGAUGACACCAUUAUUAUCGGAGAACCUACAUGCGACAACCUUUGGAGCAUGAAAGUGAUUUUGAGAGGAUUUGGACUUGUUUCGGGAUCCUUUCCUUUUAAAUUUCUUGGUAUUUGGGUGGGAGAAAGAGCUAACAAGACGAAGGUGUGGAAGGAUGUGGUUACUGAUAUAAAAUCAAGAUUGUCGAGGUGGAAGAGGAGAAACAUUUCCAUUGGUGGAAGGGUGACUCUUAUUGGUGCGGUGCUUAACACAAUUCUUAUUUUUACCCUAUCUUUUUAUAAAGCACCGAGCAUGAUCAUCAAAGAGAUUAGAGGACUUCUUAGUAACUUUUUGUGGAAUGGAAAUGCAAAUAAAAGAAGUAUACAUUGGGUGAAGUGGGAGAAUGUUUGCAAACCUAAGGAGAAAAGCUGGCUAGGUAUUAGAGAUGUUGGUGAUUUAAAUAGAGCUCUCCUCCUCAAAUGGAAGUGGAGAAUUUUGAAGGAGGACAAAGCCAUUUGGAGUAGAUUCCUACUCUUGAGAUAUCAUAAUCCGAAAUUCAAAGUUCUAGCUUCUUGUGGGGAAGUUUUAAAUCGGGAUGAUUCAAGUUGGUGGAGAGAUAUUGUCCUUAAUGAUUUUAAAGAAGAGGAAGGGGUUGAAGGCUUUAUUGAUUGGAUCAAUUGUGAUUGUAAGAAUGGUAACAACAUUCUUUUUUGGCAUAGUUGUUGGUUGGGUGAUCAAACUCUUCGCGAUUCCUUACCGCAUUUGUUCGACCUCUCAACCAAUAAACUUUGCAAGGUUAGUGAUGUCAUUUCUUGGAGCGAAGGUGCUUUUUCUUGGAAUGUCAAUGCCCACUUCGGCCUUGACGGUUUGGACAUCCUGAAUUCGUUUUCCUCCCACUCCGUUCAAAAUGACAACAUCUUGGAUAUAGCUCUUCCAUUGAGGGAAUUAAAAGAGUCUUUGGAGAGCAUUAAUCCGACCAAUUUGGAGCAUGAUGUUUUUCAGUGGAAACUAAAUCCUACCGGUGUUUUUUCGGUUGCAAGUGUGUCUAGCUUGGUUUCUAACGCCAAAGACAAUGCUUGGCCAAUCAAUACUAUUAAGUUGUUGGAAACAAUGUGGAAGACUAAGGUACCGAAAAAAGUCCAUAUUUUUUCUUGGAGAUUCUUUGUUGACCGACUCCCAUUGAAAGACCUUUUGCUUCAUAGAGGGGUGUCUAAUCUCGAUUCUCUUGAUUGUGUCUUUUGUUCCAAUCAUCCGGAAUCUUCGGAACACCUCUUCUUUCAUUGCAAUGUUUCGAAAGCGGUUUGGGAGAAAAUUUUCAAUUGGUUGGGAAACGAUUUGGAGUUCAACUUGGAAGAGUUCAAAACCUUCGGUUGCAUUCAACAAAAGGUGAAGAAACACAACAUUCGAGCUAAAUUAAGUUCAAUUUAG